CUGAUUGUGUGUUUUGUUUCUUAUUCGCGUGCUCGUUGCUCCGGUUGUAGAGCAGAUGUCCGCGUUUAACUCGUAGUAAAUUGUAGUAAUUUGUAGUGAAACAUUAAUUAAAGCAGUGUUUGCUUCGAAAAGUGAAUUAUGUUACGAAAAGUGCCGUUAAUUGUGAUUCUAGGCUCCACCGGCACUGGGAAAACAAAACUAUCACUGGAGUUGGCAGAACGCUUUGGCGGCGAAAUAAUCAGCGCUGACUCAAUGCAGGUUUAUGCUAAUCUGAACAUCGCUACCGCCAAAGCCACGAAAGAAGAGCAGUCUCGAGCUAAGCAUCAUCUUUUGGAUGUAUCAACACCUAACGAACCCUUUACUGUGGUACAUUUCCGUAAUGCAGCUCUACCGAUUAUCGAAAAUCUUUUAGCUCAAUCAAAAUGCCCGAUCGUGGUGGGCGGCACCAACUACUACAUUGAAUCAUUGCUGUGGGACAUAUUAGUUAGCCCGAAAGACGCCGACGAGCUGGACAGCAUAGACAAGAAGUUUGCGCUCUCAUCAAGCGCAGAAACAACUGAAGAGGAAGAUGCAGCAACGCCUGAAAAUUCGAAAAAUCCUUUAUUUCUGCCCGUCGCUGAAAUGACUGCAAUGUCAUCUGAGUUGUUGCAUAACCAUUUAAGGAAAAUUGAUACGGACUCGGCAAAUCGCAUACAUCCAAACAAUAAAAGAAAAAUUAUGCGGUGAGUUUACUAAAAAUAU